AUGCCUAUCUACUAUCAGCAGUUCGACGAUCCAGCACUCGUACAGCCCGCUUGCGUUGCGUGUGUGAAGACGAAGAAGCACUUUCCAUCCGCUCCUGGUGACUCCUCGUUAGAGGUACGGGGCAUGGACACUCAGAUGUCGACGCCACAUAUCAUUGCGGAUUCGGACGAUGAUGACGACGGCGACAGUCCAAUACUGGCCCCCACGAUCGCGGGGGAGGCACCCGGACCCGAACCCUGGCAGAUGUCCGACAGGCAGCAGCAGCGCUCCCCUGACGAGCACGAACAGGAGUCUACGGACCCCGCGUUCUUCCAGAGUAUCCUGGAUGAGCAGAUGCGUCCAUCACCACCGGUUCAUGGUGCCAACACCACCGCGAUCGCAGCCACGCCCACAGCCACGCCACAGCAACGGCAUGCCGAAGCAGGGAAGCCGACAGCUACGGACCCCCUUCAGGCCGACGACCCGUGGAAGAUACCCAGCAGUCCUCCUGCGCCUACGCACCGCAUCCCUACAAUUGGCAUCAAGGCGCCAAAAAACAGACAUUCAUCUUCAACCGAACUAUUGUCUACGGCUAGUCUCCCCGCCACCGCCGCCACCGCCGCCACCGACAACGACGAAACGGAAAGACGCAGAAACAAGAGGCAGAAAAUCAGCUCGACGAUACCGUCAUCACAGGACAUCGACCUGAGGAGAGAGUACCGGAGCUUCUACGACACCGAGGGGGAGGAGCCGAGCCAGGAUAUGGGACCCAGACUGCCUGCGGGGGCGAUUGUCAGGUCUAGCGGGUCAGCAACAAAUGUCAACACGCAGCGGAGCGUCGCGUCGUCAGCGCGCGAGAACACAGACGCUGCACCGACGGCGACAACACCAAAGCCGAAGGAGGUUCCGCGGAAUGCAGGGCACUGGAACUCUUCGCCGGAUGUGAUACCUGCUCUGGGCUCAACCCCAAGGGCAUUGGAGGAGGGAUCGGAGGUGCAGGGGGGGAAGGGAAAGGAGGUUACAGAAACCGUGCAUGAUGAUGGUGGUGUCUCAGUUGAGCCCGAGGAGCCCCCUCCGCAGUCGGUACAGGAUGAAAUGGAAUCUGAUUUUGAGGAGGACCAUAUCAAGGCCCGUCGGCCAGCGAACGAGAAGAAGACGAAGAUGAAGGCGAAGACGAAGGCGAAGGCGAAGGCGAGGCCACAGCAACAGCAGCCGCAGCAGCAUCAGAAGCCAAAGCAGGAAGAAGGCGCCAAGAGUAAGAAAGGCCGAGGGUGGCCGAAAAAUGGUGCGACAGAUCAGGCCGUCGAUACCACGAUACGAGAAGAUGCCACUAUAGUGAUGGUCCAUGGGACUACCAAGAUACAAGCCGACGUCGCAGCAGAGGAUGCGAAUGCCACUCCAAAGGGAGGGAAAUGCACUGCCAAGACGAUACAAGACGUUGAAGAGAAUGACGAAGAAUGCACAGCACCCAAGGAGGAGAAGCCACACGGUGAUAACAUCACCAGGGACACAGACACAGGGCCGGAAAAGCCUGCAACCCCCACCUUGGAAUACCAACCAAAACCCGAAAAGAAGAGCGAGAUCAAGAGUGAAAUCAGGCGGGCAUCUUGGAUGACCAACAACAAUAGCAGGCCGCCUCUAUACCGAGUUGGACUAAGCAAGAGAUCAAGGAUCGCGCCGCUGCUCAAGUCGGUGCGGAAAUGA